CGUCUGGAGAUAAACAAAGCCGCGAGACUUGCCAUCGUCGGCUCCAACAAAGAUAUGGCCUUUUCGAUUCUGUGCUGGUCAAACUACACAGCUGGAACAUCCAAAUUAAUGAGAAAAUCAGAAGUUGCUGUUCGGUCUGAACAUGUUUUAAAGUUUGUGUUCGACAAAGAAGCACAAUUUAUAAGGGGAAUUGUACAAGCCUCUAUGCGUGAUCGGAGCUAUCAGGUUACGAUACAAAAAUGUAAGCAAAACAGAUGUGAGACAGAGUUGGAUUAAACAUUCAAAGAGUGCACCGCCUCGUCAGACUCAAACUAUGAAAGACCUUUUUCCUGCACCUGACCGGUUUAUAAAUUACAGGCAAUAUGAGAUGAAAUUUUCAUGCUGAAAAAAAAAAACCUGAUUGUGAAUGAAGACCAAAUUCAACAGAUUGCUGCUUUGACAGUUGGACAGAAAGAUAACUGCCUCUGCUCUGCAGUGCGAAGAAAUCGUCUAACUGCUUCUAACUUUGGUUGCGUUUUAGCAGCAGUAAAGAGAAAUAGAUACCCUGUUUCCCUUUUUAAGCGCUUAUGCCAAGCCGAUGAUCUGUCAAAGAAAGAUGCAAUAAUCUGGGGAGUUUGUAAUGAAAGAGUAGCAAUAGACAAGUACAGAUCAUUUGGGGAUGCAGUAGUAGAACCAACAGGCAUAUGGCUACACAAUAAUGGUGUCCUUGCAUCUAGUCCUGGCGGAAUUAUACGUCGUGCAGCUGCUUUUGGAUUUCACCACCAAAGUCCAGCUUUGACUGAUAUAAUGCAGGCUUACAACAUUCAGCCUAAGAUCCUGGAAGUAAAGUGCCCAUAUUCAGCAAAAGAUAAAACAAUAGCUGAAGCAGUCGAAACCAUUGCUGAUUUUUGCUUAGAGAUUCAAGAAUUUUGUGGGGAGAGAACUUGCAAGCUGAAGGAGAACCACCCUUACUAUGAUCAAGUGCAGGGACAGCUUUUUGUAUCCAAUAAACUUGCGUGCGACUUUGUUGUAUGGACACCCAAAGACUUUGUUAUUGUUAGAACUCCUCAAGACAUUGUAUGGCAAAGCAACAUAUUAGUUCUUACUUACUUUUAUUUUCACAAAUUUGUGCCACAUUUGCAACAAUGAUCUAUUAUUUUCAUAUGUAAUACAUGUAUUAUUCAUGACUCAUAAAUUAUAGUAAUUUGUUGAGCAUCAAGCUUUCUCAAAACAUAUAAGAUUCAUGAAAUAAACACCAGUAUCAGGUUCAUUGUAGUUUGAAGUUGCAUGAACAAAAUACAUGUAGUUUUCAA